CUUCCAUUAAGUAAAAGUCACCCUAAACCACAGUCACUUAGGUCCACAAACUUUGUAAGCCAACAUGUUCAUCCUUCUGAACAUUUUAAAUGUUGCGCUAGAGGUUCAUAUCCGGUUCUGCAGUCUCUGACCGACACUCGUCUUUAAUAUGCAAGCAUGGCAUCCUUGCCAAUUACAUGGUGGCGUGUCUUCUUCCCCAGACUGCAAAUUACUGGUUUACAUUUACCUGCAUUAUGCUUGCAGCUUGCCAUGAGUGGAUCCAAUGUCCCUGACACUGAUAUUUUUAGGGGAUCUCAGUCAAGUAGGUUAAUUGCCCGUUCGAUGAGGAAGGAAGAGUUAAAGCUCGACUUUCAAACUUCUGAAAGGGUGGAGGCAACAGCGCCAGAAACUAAAACUAAUAUGCAUGGUUAUAAUGUCGUGCGUGAGAGAUCAACUGAUGUUAACAAAUUAAAGCCAAAGAUGGGUGUAGCUGCUGCCAAGAAAUCCACAAAAAGAAAGUCAUUAACGACGCGUACCGAGUCGAGUAAUCCAGUGUCAAAUAGAGACUCAGAGGAACCCACUGGUGACUGAUGUGCCAGGAGAUUUAUCAAGGGUUUCAAGUAAAUUCCUCUUCGUCUCCUUCAUGCAUAGGCAUUAAGGCAGUUUCUGGAGAGUUGCACCCAGUUA